AUGAGCUUAGAAAAAAAGUUAUUCCCAGCUCCAAAGCCUAGCUAUAGUGAAGAGCGUUUUUAAGAUGAUGAAUGUGUUAAGCUAAUUAAAAUUACUACGGUUGAUGUUAACCACCAGAUCAUUAAUAAAGAUUCCAGCUUCCACGAAUUGUAGAUGCCUCUUCUUGUGUUUCCAUUCAAAGAAGAAGAAGACUCCUCUAAUAUAGUCUUGAUAUACUUCCAUGGCAAUGGUGAGGAUGCAGGUCAUCCUUAAUAUUUACUUGAACUCAUUUAAACUGAAUUAUGCGUAAAUAUUAUUGAAAUGGAAUAUCCUGGAUAUGGAAUUUACUAAGAAACUCAAGCUUCUGCAGAAUAAAUAAAAUUAGACUCUCUGAGAGUAUACGAUUAUAUUACAAAUGAAUUGCACAUCCCAGAGAAAAACAUACUGCUAUUUGGAAGGUCUAUAGGAACAGGUCCAGCUUGUUUUUUAGCUUCGGAAAGAAGCCCAGGAGGUGUGAUAUUGAUGAGUCCUUUUACCACCGUCAAGCAACUCCUUUAGGACUUAGAUCAAAAAGUAGAAGGAGAAUACAUAGAAAAAUUCAAUAAUAUGCAAAUGAUGGAAAAGAUAAAAUCUCCUACAUUGUUCAUCCAUGGAGAAAAAGAUAUCAAAAUAAUACCAGAUCAUACAAUAUAACUCUCUAAAGUGUUAAAAGAAAAGAAUAGAAAAGUUAAAGUGGUUUUCCCAAAGGAAAUGACAAACAACUAAUUCGAAGUGAGAGAAGAUAUUACUGACAACAUAAAGGAAUUUAUGAAAGAAUUUGAAAUUAAAAAUGAAAUCGUUAAGUAUAAUAAUAACCCUCUGCAAAAAGUUCUAAAAUCCAAGCAAUUACCACAAAAAUGA